AUGCUGGGGGCCUGCAACGCAGUGGGGCCCCUGGGGAGUCCAGCGCACGUCAGCGUCCUGCGCAAUUGGAACCCCGGGAGACGCGUCGUGCGCCCCAGCCCACCCCUGCGGACCCCGCUGGAACAGUCCUGCAACGCGCGAUGGGAGCCGUUUCCCCGAGAGGAAGAGGAGCUGCUGCGCCCCCCGGUGGCCGGGGCAGCCCAGGUCAGCCGGGGGCGGGCGGAGGCGCCGAGCGAGGGGGGCUAUCUCCGCCCUCACCUUCCUCCCCACCACCCCGGCCUCGAAGCAGACACCUUCAUCCCCGGCAGCACCCGUCCCCCGCGUCUGAUGGGCACUGGCCCACGGGUUCUGGGAGCACUUCCCGCAGCCCACCCCCGCCACUCCGGACCGACCUGUAGCCGCGAGGACACUGCCGGGCCCUGGCUCCAGCACUACGCCCCCGCGCCUGGCGGCCCAGCGACCCCGCAGUCACUCCUCACAGGCCCUGCCGGAGCGCGCAGCUCCGCCCACUCCCCGCCCACGCCCCGGAAAGGCGGCUGUGCGGGCCAAUGGGCUGCUCAGAGGAGGGGAGGCGGGCGGGGGCCGGGAGGCUUCGGCGAGCUCACCGGGGGUGAAUCGGAUCGAGAAGGGCCCUCCAGCGCCGCCAGCCGCGGGACCUGUUGCCUGUACAGGCUCACCUGUCGCCGCUGCUGUCAACGUUCUCUCCCGGCAGGGACAGCCGACCUGUCGCCUUCCAGGGGUCCUUGGCCCACGGGGUGUCGGUCCCGGCUGACGUUCGAGGAGGCCAUUGCUGGAGGGGAUGCUGCCACUCACUGCUCUCCAGGCGGACCUUCAGGGGACCACAAAGGCAGUGCCAGGAAGAGGCACCUGGCCGACCAUGACUCGAGGGACAGGGCCUUGCCCCCCACCCCCAGGGUCAAACGGCUCAGGCUGGAAGUCGUGAAGAAGCUGAACUUCAGACCUGAGCAGACGGAAGAGCCGCCCCCUCCUGACUCCCCUGCUGGGGACAUCACCCCCCCACCGAGUCCAGAGGUCCCCACUGAACUGUGGGACAAGGGGCCUUUGGACACUGGUGCUGAUGUGAGUCCCCUGCAGGCCUCUCCAGCAGCCCGAAAUCCAGUCCUGAGGCGGCCCCCUGUCCUGGAAGACUACGUCACUGUGACCUCCACUGGUGGCUGCCGGGGUUUUCUGGUGCUGCGGAACGACCCCGUGGGCACAGGGGUGCAGGACCCUUUCCUUAAUGUCUGGUGGCGAGGCCAUGGCCAGCUGGACCUCUUGGGUGUGUCAUUCGCGUCCCUGAAGGAGCAGGUGGACAGUGAGCGGAGGCGGCGCCUGCUCGAGGAGGCCAGUCAGCUCUCAGACACGCUCCGCAGCCUCAGGUCCGAGGAGGUGGGAGAGGAAGGUCGGACUUCGGGGGCCCCCGAGGAAGAGCUGGCUGACGGCCAAGGUGACUCCCAGCCCUGCCUCUGGGUGGACGAGUUUGCUCCUCGGUGCUACACGGAGCUGCUCAGUGAUGAUUUCACUAACCGCUGCCUCCUCAAGUGGCUGAAGCUGUGGGACCCGGUGGUGUUCGGCCGAGAGAGGCCCGCCAGGAGGCCGAGGCCCGGGCCGGAGCUGGCCCGCGCUGGCAAGGAGGCCACCGCCUCCAGCAAGUGGAAGAGCCACGAGCAGGUGCUGGAGGACAUGCUAGAGGCUGAGCUGGACCCGAGCCGGCGGCCCCGGCAGAAGGUGGCGCUGCUCUGCGGGCCCCCGGGGCUGGGCAAGACCACCCUGGCUCACGUGAUUGCGCGGCAAGCCGGCUACUGCGUGGUGGAGCUGAAUGCGAGUGACGACCGCAGCCCUGAGGCCUUCCGCACGUGCAUCGAGGCGGCCACGCAGAUGGAGUCGGUGCUGGGUGCUGGCGGGAAGCCCAACUGUCUGGUCGUGGAUGAGAUCGACGGGGCCCCCAUGGCCGCCAUCAACGUUCUUCUGAGUGUCCUGGACCGCAAGGGCCCGCAGGAAGCAGAAUCCGGGGGUCCAGCCGUCCCCACCGGUGGGGGGCGGCGCCGGGCCGAGGGGGGGCUCCUGAAGAGGCCUAUCAUCUGCAUUUGCAAUGAUCAGUUCGUGCCCUCCCUGCGGCAGCUGAGGCAGCAGGCCCUCCUGCUCCACUUCCCGCCCACGUUGUCCUCCAGGCUGGUGCAGCGGCUGCAGGAGAUCUCCCUGCGGCGGGGCAUGCAGGCCGACCCAGGCGCGCUGGCGGCUCUCUGUGAGAAGACGGACAAUGACAUCCGCGCCUGCAUCAACACCCUGCAGUUCCUGCACCGGCGGGGCCGGCGGCAGCUGAGCGUGCGGGAUGUGCAGACCACUCACGUGGGCCUCAAGGACCAGCGCAAGGGGCUGUUCUCCGUGUGGCAGGAGGUCUUCCAGCUGCCCCGGGCCCAGAGGCAACGCUGGGGCCAGAACCCGGCCCUGCCCCCCUACACGCUCCUGCUUGGUGAUGGGCACGCGGGUUUGGGGCCCCGUGCCGCCGAGGCGCCUUUGACCACGGCUUCCCAGCGGUUCUACCACAUCCUGCACGUGGCUGCCUCCGCGGGCGAGCGUGAGAAGGUGGUGCAGGGCCUGUUUGACAACUUCCUGCGGCUGCGGCUGCGGGAUUCCAGCCUGGGGGCCGUGUGCGCGGCCCUCGACUGGCUGGCCCUCGACGACCUGCUGAGCCGGGCCGCCCACCACAGCCAGAACUUCCAGUUGCUGCGCUACCUGCCCUUCCUGCCGGCCGCCUUCCACCUGCUCUUUGCCUCCAGCCACAUCCCGAGGAUCACUUUCCCCAGCAGCCAGCAGGAGGCCCAGAACCGGACGAGCAGGACACAGGCCCUCGUCCAGAUGCUGGUGUCAGGCCUGACACCCGCCACCCGCAGCCGAGCUGCACCUCAGGUCCUCAUCCUGGAUGCCCUCUGCCUGCUCCUGGACAUCCUUGCGCCCAAGCUGCGCCCUGUGAGCACCCAGCUGUACAGCACCCGUGAGAAACAGCAGCUGGCCAGCCUCGUGGGCAUCAUGCUUGCCUACAGCCUAACCUACCGCCAGGAGCGCAUGUCCGACGGGCACUAUGUCUACCGGCUAGAGCCGAACGUGGAGGAGGUCUGUCGCUUUCCUGAGCUGCCGACCCGCAAGCCCCUCACCUACCAGGCCAAGCAGCUCAUUGCCCAUGAGAUUGAAAUGGAGAAGAUGCGGCGGGCAGAGGCCUUGGCCUGUGCUGAGGACAGCCCCCAGGCAGAGGGGGCAGCCCAGGCCGGUGCUGGGGAGAAAGGGACACAGCCUCCCACUGCACACAGCCACGAGGAGCAGCGGCUGGAGCGCAUCCUGAAGAAAGCGGCCCUGGAGGAACAGCCCGAGAGAGACUUCUUUGGUCGUGUGGUCAUCAAGCGAGCGCCAGCCCUGAAUGCAGGAGAUGUGGCCCCGGACGCAGAUGCGACAGAGCGGCGCAUAGGCACAGCGGUGGGCAGGAGUGACGUCUGGUUUCGCUUCAAGGAGGGCGUCUCCAACGCCGUGCGGCGCAACCUGUACAUCAGGGACCUGCUGUAGCUGCGGCCCCGUGCGGGGCGCCCUGGGUCCCCCCCAGACACCCCAGGGCCCAGGCUUGACGCUGUGCUGUUGCUUUUUCUCCAUCAGAAAAUGUACAAAAAGCACACACGUCCUCAAAGAAUCUUUAUAAAAGUCACACCUUCA